UCGAGUGUGAAUAAUUGUGAGUAAUGGCUAAAUGUGGUGGAUGUGGACAGUUCAUUGCGGCGUCAGCUGGCAUCCGGUGCAGCAAGUGCACGGGCUGCUAUCACCGAGCCUGUGUGGGUGUACCAGCCGCGGCCACCCCCGCGCCUGGUUGGCUGUGUCCCGGCUGCAAGGCGAAAUUGCCUAAGACCGACAAUUCCGCAACCCCAGUGAAGAGUGCAGCAGCUGACUUCACGGAGACAAAUAGUCCGCCCACCGACACCACUGCGAGUCUGGAUCUGGCACGAGAGAUACGGUCUUUCAGGGAGGAGUUGAGUGCGCUCCGAGCAGAGAUACGCGAUAUGCGGCAGGAGACUGCUGACUUCAGGGCUGCCAUUGGGGGCUGCAACGAGCGCAUGGACGAAGUGGAGCACAGGGUGACCAACCUCGAGCAGCGCUUUGAGGCUAGGGACCCGUCACCCUACGACCACCUAGAGGAGACGAUAGCUGACCUGAAACUCCAGUUAAACGAACGCGACCAGGACCUGCUGCUCAACGAUGUCAUCGUGUCAGGCAUUCCUGAAUCGAAGGCCGAGAACCCGGCACAUUUAAUAAAAACAGUGUCUCUGAAGCUGGGGAUUGCUCUCGACGAUAGGGAUAUCGUGAACGUCGAGCGUCUUGGCAUGGUGCGGCGCAACUUUGUCACGAGUGCAUCCCAAGGUGACAUAACGGAGCGACCGCGACCACGCGUCAUUGCCGUGCGCCUGUCUCGCCGUGCGGUCCGGGAGCAACUGAUUCGCGCGGCGCGUGUGCGCCGCGGGCUCACCACUGCAGACCUCGAUCUGCCCGGCCAGCCGCGGGGGGUCUACGUUAACGAGAGUCUGACUCGCUCUAACGCAAGGCUCUUUCGUACCACUCGUGAGGCUGCGCAGCGUCAAAAAUUCAAGUAUGUGUGGACCAAAGAGGGACGCAUAUACGUGCGGAAGGAGGACGGCGUAUCCGCUCUUCGCGUUCGAUCGGAAGCCGAUAUUAGAAAAAUAUUUUUUGGAGACGGCCCGGUUUGAUUAUUGAGGGUAUCAAUAAAUACUUCCUUAUCAAAAUUUACCCUUUUAAAAUUAUUUUUCUGUUGAACUUGCUAUAUACCUUGCACUUUGUUUACAUCACGGUAAUAGUAAUUAAGUUGUACUUAUGUUGUGGACCUUUUGAUGUUUUGUUUGGUUUUCUAUGUGUAAUCUCUGCGGUGUAUGUUUGUUUCGUGGUUGGUACAGCUUGCAGUGACAUCAAUCUGAGCGGGUUCCUGGUUGGCGCGCGCUUGAAUGUAAUCUACAUUUUAUUUACACUAUACACUAUACAUUAUUUAUAUUACAUACUUUCGUUUACACCUAUAUAUUUUAUGUUAAAAUGUUUUAAAGGGCGGCUAUAUUACUAUAUCGAAUUUGUUAAUGUUUAUUUUACACACUCAUACACGUUUCUUUACCUAUUAAAUAACGGCUACUUUACUGUAUCGAAUUUGUUUAUGUUUAUUUUGCACACCCAUAUACUGGACUCAUUUUUGGACUGUUUGAACCUUACUCAGCUGAUGCCUACGCCGACACAUUUUACAAAUAACAGCUCGUCUCCAAUCGAUUUGGUGUGUACGGACGCAAAGGUUACUAAUAUCUCAGUGGAUCCGAUCGGAGCACUCGGGGCGCAUUCGUUCAUUUCCACAACCUUCCAAUUUAAAAAA